CUAUUUGUUUGCCAGCCAGUUCUUCCGGCGCUGUUGCAGCGCGGCAGAUCAUCCCCUCCACCACUCCAGCUGCCCCUCACCUGUCACUUACUGCCAAUAUGUCGGCGCGGCGCUAUCCCACCGCCGAGCUGUAUGAGGAGCGCGAGCGCGACUUCUAUCGCGGCGGUAAUCGCAGCGAACGCAACUACGAGGAGCUUGACCUCGAGCUUCGUCGUGGUACAGAUCCCAGGCGUAGUGCUCCCGACUUCUUCCGUGAGGACUACAACCGCCCUACUGCCGGACCCCUCGUGGUACGAGGACGGGAAGAUGACCACUCGAGAGCUGGACCACGAAGCCACCGUGGCGGCUUCGACGACGACACGCGCUCUGUUCGCAGCAGCCGGCCACCCCCGCCGCCUUCUAGUAUAAGAGACCACGAUGCCCCUGUUCGUCGUGGAACCCGUGACUUUGAGCGGGAAGAGACCGACAUUAAAAUCAGCCGGCGCGAGCAGUCGCGCCCUAGAGAGCCUCUGGAACUUCGUGCAGUCGAACGCGAAGAUAUUGUUUUCCGUCGUGGUGACGGAGCUCGCCCACCUCCUUCCCGCUCACCUGACAUGCACGACGACGACGUGCGCUUCCGGGGUCGCGGACAUGGCGACAACAUCGACAUCCACGCCUCUCGCAGUGAAGUCAGCCGUCAUGGCAGGGACGUUUCUGCUGAGCGAGGCUCCAUCCGCUUCCAGGAGCGCGACGGCAACUUUGAGCUCCGUACCAACCGUCGCGAGUUCAGUCGUGACGGACGCGACAGCAGCAGGGAGAGGAGCUCUUUGACUAUAAGAGGUCGGGAGCGCAGUCUUCCACCGCCGCGCUCCUCGCGUGGUGAGCUGGUCGCGCGAGAGCACGAAGAGUUCACCGUCCGACGCCGCGACACUUCCCCCCAAAACCGGGAGGUCAUCAAGGACGAGAUCAUUAUUAGACGUAAAGAAGAGCGAAUGCCCUCGCCAUCUCCUUCCCCACCACCUGCUCCGGCUCCACCGCCACCACCGCUAGAGCCUGAGAUUAGACCCCCGAUCAUCCAGGAGAUCAUCACGCAUCAUCGUCACAUUGAUCACGGUAAGAUCCCACGAAUCAACGCAUUUCUACAGCUGCUAAACAUCGCUCAGGUGUCGAGAGACCGUGGACCUGGGCGUGGCCGCGACUACGAGGAUCUUAGCCUUGAAAUCGACAUCAACCGCGAGAAUGGCGAGUUCAACGUCAAGCCGCGCAAGAACAAAGAUAUGUGGACUGAGGUCACUAAAGAUUUGGUGAUAAGAGAGGCCAUCGACCAGAUGGGCUACUCAUGCGAAGAGACCGAAGAUUUCUUCUAUGUCAUGGAGUACCUCAAAUACGAGGACGUUCUGCAGCUUGUGGAAUUGUCAGAUGAGCUUCGUCGCAAGCGCAAGCUUCGAAUUGAUUUUGAGCGCACAAGCAUUCGCGAUGCCCCGAGAUCCUCUGGUGGCUACGACGAGAAGUUCUACGAGCGUGAAGUUUCGUACGACAGUCGCCGCCAGCGUUAUCGUUAA